ACUUUUAACUUCCCCUGCUCUGCUCCACAUUCUCAUACCAGAAGACGAAGAAACUAGAGAGAGAAAAGAAGAAAAAUACUCCAGGAGAGAGAGGAAGGUGGGGAAAGGAAAGGAAAGAUGUCGGAUUGGGGACCGGUGUUCGUGGCGGUGGUUCUGUUCGUACUCUUGAUGCCGGGGCUUCUGAUUCAGAUUCCCGGUCGCAACCGGUGCAUAGAGUUUGGCAACUUCCAAACCAGUGGUGCGUCCAUAUUGGUUCACUCCAUCAUCUACUUCUGUCUAAUCUGCAUCUUCCUCUUAGCUAUCGGUGUCCAUAUCUGCCAUUUAAUGGCGGAUUGGGGGCCGGUACUGAUAGGGGUGGUGUUGUUCGUGCUGCUGCAACCGGGUCUGCUGUUCCAGAUACCGGGUCACACCCGAACCGUGGAGUUUGGAAGCAUGAAGACAAACGGUAAGUCCAUAGCAUUCCACACGCUCCUCUUCUUCGUCCUCUACGCCAUCCUCAUCCUCGCCGUCCACGUCCACAUCUACACCGGCUGAUCAUCCCCCACUUCUCUCUCUCUCUCUAUAAACUCACUCUCUCUCUCUCAUCAUGUUCCCCUUCCUGCAGGCUUCCACUAAUGAUCGUUUGAUCUGUGUGCAAUUUUUAACUGUUUCCAUAUCCCGCCCCCCCCCAGCCGAUAUGCGGUUCUUGUAAUAGUAGUUAACUUGAUGGCUACAUCUGUAUUUGUUUUGAACUUGCUGUACUAUCAAUGAUGGAAGUAAUUUAUAAUACGGUUCAUAUGAAUACAAAUUGAUGUUUCAAA